AUGGUAAGUCUCUUUAUGUCAAUUUUGGGAUUACAACAAAAUCUUACUAGUUUUCGAAAUUCCCCUUCCUUCGACCACGAAUUCUUUCAAAUAAUAAAUUUGUCUUCCUUUGGGAUUUCAAAAGUUGCGUGCCUUCUUUGAAUAUUCAUUCAUUCAGGAAACAUUUUACGAGUUUUUUUCUCCAAGAUUUUUUUCUGGCGGCCCCAAAAUUUUAGACAAAUUAAUUGAUUAUAUUUUGUUGCUCCUUUUUACUUCCUUUUCCGUUUUUCUCGACAACUAAUUGAGGUUUCUCGGAAAAAGUUUGGUCUCUUUUUUUUUUCGCCGUUUUUUUCUCAUUGUUGAGUUGAAAAGAGCACUAUGUUAUAUUAAAGAUUUUUUCACUCAUUCUGAUUACUCAAAGAUCAUUUUCAUUUUCAUUAUAAAAAAAAGUUUCUAAUCGAAUUUUUCGCCACCACCAGAAAAAAAUAUGAUGUUUCUCGCACAUCUUUAUUUCAUCUUGAUCCAAUUUGAUAAUAAAAACGCUGAAGCGCCGCACAUUUUCACAUGAUUAACUUUAGCUUCUUCUUCUGCUGUCGCUGAGUGAGAAAAGAGCCAUAACGAGACAUUGAGAUGAUAAAAUUGAGGGAGAGAGAGAGUUUAGAGAAAAUAUCGAGGGUGACACACAUUUUCCCAACAACUAUUUCAGAUUUUCGGGUAUAUUUUUAUAUAUAUAUUUUUUUUUUUUCAAAAAAAUAAUCUCAUCUUUGUUUAUGAGUGUUCAGAUUUUCAGUAUUUUUAUUAUUGUAAAAAGAAAAACAGGUGAAAUAUUUGUGGAAGUAGAAAGUUUUCUGAUCUUCAAAAAAUUUUCCUCAGCCAAGCUACAAUUUUUUUUAGAGAUCAAAAGUGGGUAGGCGCGGCUACUUGACAUAGCAGUUCUCAAGGUGUAGCUCCUAGCCAGAGUGUUUUUUUAGGCGCUAGGCCUAGGCGAUCAGGUUAUCUAGGCUUUGUUGCUUGACAUAGCAGCUUGCAAGGCUCGGCUCCUAAGCGAUCAGAUUUUCCAGGAUGAGCUACUUGAGAGAUAGACUUUCUAGGCGCGGAUACUUGACAUAGCAGCUCUCAAGGCGUGACUCCUAGCCAGAGUGGUUUUCUAGGCUCGGCUCCUAGGCGAUCAGGUUUUCUAGCCUGAGCUACUUGAUAGAUGGGUUUUCUAGGCGCGGCUUCUUGACAAUAGCCUGAGCUACUUUCCAACUAGGAUUUCUAAAUUCAAAAUUCUGCGUUCUGGUAUCCUAUAUGCUCCCAAAAUUCCUGUCGCAAAACAAAAAAAAAAUCUGAUGUAUCAAAAAUCUUGCAAAAUUCAAUUAUCACUUCAGUUUUGAACAGCCGGCAAACGAAAAUUCAAUUAAACCCGCCCAGACGCGCGCCUCCUUCUUCACUUUUCGCAACUUUUUCGUCAUCUGACGUUUUAAAAAGAUUUGAUAUCAAACUUAGGAUAAGUGAAGGUAAUCCAGUAAUCCUUUUUUCAAACUUAUUCCCCAAAAAAAUCUUGUAUUUACUGAACUUGAGAAUCAUCACAUCACAUGUCAUAAAUUGAAUUAGAUUAGUGUAUGCAGACAACACACAAAAUCAUACGGAUAAAUGCACAAAAUGUGUUUUGGUUUUCUGUUUUUUCCCAGAUAAUUUUUUUAGAAAAACCUUCACAUAAAAGUGUACCAAUUAUAUUUCUAUACGUUCUAUAUCAUUAUUAUUUUGAACUUACCAGUUACUUAUGUUAGUCAGAAGUUAUUUUUAAAUUUUUUCAUAAUUUUUCGCCCGGUAGACAUUUCCUAUUUUUCACGAUUCCAUAAAUCCUCAGUCACUAUAACAUGAUCAAUGUGACAUUUCGCAUUUUGUAAUGUAAUGCUUCGAAUUUCUGAACCCGAACUUUUUCUAACAAAAAUAAUAAAUUCAAUUUUGUUUCGUUUGGCCGCGCACACGCACGCAAAAAUUCAAUUUUCUCAGUGUUCUGACAUACAUGUAUAAAUAUCAUGUAUAUAUUAUAUGUAUAUUAAUUUCCGUAUUGCGGAAAUUAUAAAAAAAUGGUGGCUGGGUGUUUCCAAGAAUAGUCAUUUUUCACACGUAAUUUGGGUUGGCCGCCGGCAAUUUUCGGAUUAUUCUUUUGAGCGAGCCCCAAGGCGUAAAAAAAGAGUUUAUUCUUCCGUUUUCCACUUUUGGUUUUUUGAACGAACACGUUAUGAGCGACCAUUUCCGAUUUCCUAGAUGAUAACAUUUUUUCAAAAAAAAAAAAAGAAAAAAAAAACUUUUUUGUUGCAAACAAAUUCGAACUCGCAUAGCUUGACCUCAAAAACUAGAGCGCUACCACUACUCUACGCGCGUCACUAUUCUAGCAUAUUUUAUUUCCCUUCAUUAUUUCGCUGUAAGAAUUUCCAGACAAAAAAGAUCAGGGGAUGUUAUUCAUCAUGUUUCCCCUUGGGUGCCCCGAACUUUUUCCCCCACUUUUUUAAGUAGCCAUUUUUCCUCGGUUCGCCGCUCUGAUCUCGAAGAGUUUUCAUUUUUCAUUUUCAAUACAUACAUACAUAUUUGUUGUCGCUCCUCCCGAUAUGUAUUUUAUUUUAUUUUUUUUUUCAUAAUCCUAUAUAUGCUAAUCUGUGUGAGCUUCAGCACGACUCAAAUUUUUUUUUUUAGUUUCGUGCCCACAAUUUUUUUGUUGAAAAGGAAAAAAAGGUUUUUUUGCUUUGCUGAUUGCGACAAAAUGUAGUUCCUUUUUGUUGUGUUUUGGAAUCUUUUUUUUAGAUUUUUAGAAAAAAUGUAUUUUUUAUGGCUAUUUUUUCGAUGUUCUAAAGCCCAGAGGAGUCCAAAGAUUUAUCAGAGUUCUCAGAAAUGCACAUAUAUAUUUUUAAUCUAUUUUUCAUCACUUUCCAAGGGUUUCCCCCCUCCCCUCCGCCCAAAAAAUAUGAGAAGAAAUUGCUCAAAAAUAAGUGGCAGAAGCGAAAAGAAAAUAGUCAAUUUUCAGCGAAAAACUAGGCAAAAAACUUAUUUAUUAUUCAAUUCCAAUCAACUAUCCACAAGCCUCCGACACUCAUAAUAAUAACAACAAAAAAAAACAACUUUUCUUAUUAUUUUGAUAUUUGCAAAGUUUUUUUUGCUGGCGAUUUUUGGGGGUAGCUCAAGCGACUACGCCUUGAGGGGUGUUUUGAUAAGCAUCCGCGCCUUGAGAGCAGAUCUAACAAGCAUAGGCGCCUUGAGAGCUAGAUUGACAAGCAAUCACCCCUUAAGGGUCGAGUUUGACAAGCAUAUUUGGCUUGAGUUCACUUUCCAAAAUCUUUUGUCAAGGAACCGCGCCUUGUGAGUAGAUCUAACAAGCAAUCACCCCUUGAGGGUCGAGUUUGACAACAGCCGUUCCUUCAGAAGUUGUUGCUUUUUUAUGAAGGGACCGCGCCUUGUAAGCUUUUUUUACAAGUAGCAUCGGCUGGAGAUAUCUGUUUGAAAAAAACAGCAUGUUCCUUUAAUACAGUAUACCUUUCCGGGGUUUUUCGAGUCAUUCUUUCAAAUAUCUCCCGAUCCUGCUUUUUUGUGUUCGAAAAUAGAAAGUGUGUGCAAACACCAUCAUGUCCGCAAACACUGAACAUACCUAUAGUCAAAAAUCCAACAAAAAAUCAAGAAAUCUUUCAAACAAAAAAUGUGAGAACAAAAAAAAGAGAAUUUGUGGUCUCGUCUAUUUUUAGCGCCAGGUAACACAUGACGUUUCCGGCUGUGGCCAAACUCAAUUCAACAGGUCAAAAAAAAGUAGUUUAUUUUGCGAACGCCCCCGCUAAUAAUCAAAAACGGGGACUUUUUCGGUGGCCGCUGAUUGGCUCUUGUUCGAUGAUCACUUAAAAAGGGGAAAAAAGUGUCAAAUAUUCGAAUAAAUUAGAAAAAGAAAAAUUCGCGCAGCUCUUCGUUUUCUUUUUUUUCACAUAAUUAUGUAUCUGUCUUUUCUAUAUAUGUAUGUUUUUUUUUGGCCAGUGCCCUUUUUGUUGGGGCGCAAAAAGAAGAUGCUGGCUGAUGUCAAAAACAAUCCCAGACUACUGUAGUUUCAGUGUUCCCCCUCUAUUUUCUUUAAAAAAAAAUAAAACUUGGAUGAUUAAAAAAAAUAUAUAUAUUUCAGAUUUCCGCUUGUCUCAAUGAAGCCGCCGGUUGUACCGUGGAAUUAUACCUUGCGUAACGGAAACGUAGCUGAAACUAUGGAUUUCUGCAAUACGCUCCUCAAGGAGCGAAAUAUUACGCUAGAUAGAGGUUUGUGUGUUUUGAAAUUAUUUAGCUUCCGCGUGUUCUUUUCCGAUUUACGCAUAUAUUUAUGAUGUAUUUGGAUAUUUAUGUAUGUAUGUACAAUUUUAUUCCGAAAAAUCUCGCGGGGAAUGCAAAAAAGAAAUGAGUUGGGGGAUUUUUGGAAUUGAAAAAAAAAUGAAAUUUUCAGGGCCAUGUGAAAAAGGGGCCUAGAAAUUCUGGUUGUGAAGUAGCCACGUCUAGAAAUUUUAGUUGUCAAGUAGCCGCGCCUAGAGAACCUAGUUUUCAAGUAGCCGUUCCUAUAGAGCCUAUUUCUUAAGCAGCCACCCCUAGAGAACCUGGUUGUCAAGUAGUCGCUCCUAGAGAUCCACUCUGGCAAGUAACCGCGCCUUGAAAGUCUCUAUACCAAGUAGUCACCCCUAGAGAACCUAGUUCUCAAGUAGCCGUUCCUAGAAAGUCUAUUCCUCAAGUAGCCACUCCUGAAGAUCCACCCUGAUAAGGAGCUGCGCCUUGAGAAUAUCUAUAUCAAGAAGUCAAGCCUAGACACCCUAUGUAGUUUUCAAGUAGCCGCGCCUAGAGAACAUGGUUUUCAAGUAGCCAUCCCUAGAGAUUCACCUUGGCAAGGAGCAGCGCCUUGAGAGCUUAUAUGCGAAGUUACCGUGCCUACAAAACCUGGUUGUCAAGUAGUCGCACCUAGAGAAUCUGGUUUUCAAGUAGCCGCGCCUAUAGAGUCUCUAUACCAACUGAAAAAAAAACUAUUUCUCAUUUUUUGCAGUUGCCGAACCAAAAGGUCUUUGGUGUAAUGCCACAUACGAUACUGUAUUAUGUUGGCCACCAACACCUGCAAACACUUCGGUAACGCUCCAAUGUCCUCAAAUGAAAGGUCUAGAUGCUUCAAGUAAGUUUUAUCUCAUCUCAUUUCAAAAAUGAUCUGAUUUGUGAGAAAAAAUUCAAUUUUGCUUGACAUUAUGUAUUAAAAGAGUUUUUGGCUGAAAAAUUCAUUUUUUGAAAAGGUGUUGGUGUUGGCUGAUAAAUUUGGCCUCUCGAUUAACUAGGAAAAGCAUGAUCAAACUACAUAUAUUUUUCCGUCGAAAGUAGAACCGUUUUGUUUUCGUUGAUGAUUUUUUUUCGAAGCACGCGCUUUCAGCUUUUUUUGAGUGAAAAUAAUUGAGUUUUUUUUCUGAUUAUUACAUGAAUACAUACAGCAUACAAAAAUAGUUGGAAAAGAGCAGAGCGUGGAUUUUGCAGGACAUGUUGUGAAGUUUUGCGACGAGACUGGAAAAUGGGCGGGACGUGAGCCGGGAAAGUACGACAAUCCGUGGGGUUGGACAAAUUUCACAAUGUGCUUCAAAUUCAAAUAUGACGAUGUUAAAGUAUGUACUUUUGUUGAGUUAUACAGUAUACAACUGUAGAUCAAAAACUAUUUUAAUUUUUUGCCACUUUUUCUUCUGUACCUCUGUUGUUUUCUUUUCUAUCAUUCUUUCCCGUUUAUGUUUUAACAUGCCUUUCUUUCUUGAUGGAUUGAGACUUUCAGAAAGCUAUGAAGGUUCAGAACCUCCAGGGAAAAUCUCAAUCCAUCAAAGCACCGCACCAUUUUCUUCUCCACACUUUUCCUUUUUUCUCCGUUGCUUGCCACAUUUAUCACCUCACCAUCACCGAAAAAAACAUCACAUUUCAGUACAGUACAAUAAUCCCCUCACAAUCUCCUAAGCCAAAAAUAUCAUAAAUUGUACAGAAAACAUCACAAAAGUGUGUCAUGAAUCGGGAAUGUGGUUGGGUCGAACACUUGAAGAAACUGCGAACGGCCAAAGUUGGACCAAUUUCUCAAUGUGCUUUUCCGAAGAAGUCAUUUAUAUUAUGAAUAAUUUGAACAACGAAUCACUAUCGGUACUACUUCUUCUUCUUCUUGAUUUUCGAUCUGCACACUUCCAAACCUCUAUUUCUAUCUCCCCUUUCUCUAUUUUUUCUACAUCACACAUUUUCAGAUUUCCUUCCUUUAACUUAAAAAUCUUCUAUAUUUAGAUAGCACAAGAAGUCGCAAGAAAUGCGAGAAAAUUGGAGUUUGUUGGACUUGGCCUAUCUUUGGUAUCACUUAUUCUUGCCAUUGGGAUAUUCUCCUAUUUCAGGUAACUUUUAGAUUUAAAUAGAAACAUUAUUGUCGAAAUUCAAAAAUGUGGCAGCCGUAAAAAAAUAAAAAAUUACUUCGUCAGUCGCGGGCGGCUGUGCGUCGCGGUCGAGAAACAAUCAAUAAUCCAUUUUUUCCUUUCCAUCUCAACCGCGACGCAUAGCCGCACGCGACUAAAGAAGUAAUGACGUUGUCGUUCAUUCAGCUCAGCACUGGUUUUUGUUUUUUACGGCUGCCACAUUUUUCAAAUUCGACAAUAUCACAAAUUAAAAAAAUUUCAGAAGGCUACGAGUUUUCCGAAACCUUCUCCACCUUCACCUGAUGAUUGCGAUGCUAAUGGUUGUCAUUAUUCGACUUGUUCUUUAUAUUGAUCUAAUAUUCACCGGAGACGUUGGUCCUCAUCAAAACCCCUCCGAUGGCAAAACAAUCAACACAAUGCCAUUCAUUUGUGAAGGAAUGUACUUCCUAUUAGAAUACUUCAAAACCGUCACAUUUUGCUGGAUGUUUUUGGAGGGAAUCUAUCUCAACAAAACCAUCGUGUUCGGCGUCUUCAAUUCGGAGCCCAAACUCUCACCAUAUCUUCUAGCUGGUUAUGGCAUCCCACUUCUUCACACUGUUCUUUGGCUUGUCGCUGUAUAUAUCAAAAAGGAUUAUAAAGUUGAACGAUGUUUGGGAUCGUAUUAUUUGGAGCCGGAAUUUUGGAUUUUAGAUGGUCCAAGAAUGGCAGAACUUGUUAUCAAUCUAUUCUUUAUCAUCAAUGUUAUUCGAGUGCUUUAUACAAAAGUUCGAGAAUCUCAUAAUACAUCAGAAGCUGGAUUGAAGAAAUCUGUGAAAGCAGCAAUGAUGCUUUUGCCACUUCUUGGUGUCCCAAAUAUCAUGCAAACUAUUCCGUUUGCACCAACUCGUGAUAAUAUCAUGGUAUUUGCUGUAUGGACGUAUACUGCUAGUUUCACAUAUAUGUAUCAAGGUCUAAUGGUUGCAAGUAUCUAUUGCUUCACCAAUAAAGAGGUUUGUAUUGAUUCCGGUAAUGGAGACCACCCAAGAAGCCUCUGACUUUAACUGGCCUAAACUUGAACCAAAAAAAGAGAUAUAAAAGUUCAAAUCUUCCUGUACGCAAAAGUGCGUCGCAUUGUUUGAACACACACAUUAAAAUUUGAAAUUAACAAAAAUUGUCCAACUGCCCUUUGAUAGUUAAUGAAAUUUUAAAAAAUUCAAGUUUUUCUAGGUGAAUCAUGUGCUAAAAGCUUUCUACGCGCGAUAUCGACUACUUCAUAAAUCACAAAAUGAACUGCGACGCGGUUCGCGAAGUGUUGCUUCACACUAUCAAGCGAAAAAUGGAAAUACAGCAGUAUCGGUGAGUAAAAUAAUAUUAUUUUAAAAGAAUUACUUGUAAACCAGAAAAUAAGUUAGCCUAAACUAGUAUCGCUUUUUGUCAGUGUGUCUCUUCCCCCUAAUUAACCUUAACCAUUAUUCGUUUCGCACCUUUUCAGACGAAUUUCGUUGAAGAAAAUGGAAAAUUGAGUCCGUUUAGUGCGAGAAGCAAGAAAGGUAGCGAUGAUUCGACGACAAAACUUGUUAUUAAGGAUACAAUGGUAAGGAGUAACGCAUGACUUUUUUUGUUUUGUGAAACUUUUUUGUGGGUAGAACUAUUGCAGCACUUUAUGUUAUUAAAAUUAAAAAAUAUUAGAGACAGUUCAAAUGUCACUGUUCUCAAGUACGGUGUUUUUUGGUGCGAGACCCAUCGAUAGAUAUACGACGUUAGAGACGCAGAGGGUGUACCGCAGUUAUUGUCGAGUCACCCCGCGAGAAUAAAUUUGAAUUCGCUUGAAGAGAAGCAGACAGUGAGAGAGCGCGCUGGAAAACACCCUGUUGUAUUGAAAAGCGACCGCAACGCACACGCAUCGCGGGUAUAAGAGAUUUUUACAAAUUCAAGUUUAAUUUUUCACUUUCAUACGUACAACAUGAAUUUGUUUUUGAGUGAUUAUGCUCAUGAUUUUUUCAAAGCCAAAUUUCAAUAUUCCAAAAAAUAAAAAUCAAUUUUCAGAUUGAUGAUGAAAAAUCGAAUAACAAUGGUUAUGGAACUGCUGGAGAGCUUACACCGCUUCGGGAUAAAACGACGUGA